AUGUCGGCGCAGGCCCAGAUGCGCGCGAUGCUGGACCAGCUGAUGGGCACGUCCCGGGACGGAGAUACUACUCGGCAGCGCAUCAAAUUCAGUGAUGACAGAGUAUGCAAGAGUCACCUGCUCAACUGCUGCCCGCAUGAUGUCCUCUCUGGAACUAGAAUGGAUCUUGGAGAAUGUCUGAAAGUCCAUGACCUGGCUUUAAGAGCGGAUUAUGAAAUUGCAUCCAAAGAACAAGACUUCUUCUUUGAGCUUGAUGCCAUGGAUCAUUUGCAGUCUUUUAUUUCGGACUGUGACCGAAGGACAGAAGUGGCUAAGAAAAGGUUAGCAGAAACUCAAGAAGAAAUUAGCGCUGAAGUCGCUGCAAAGGCAGAACGUGUUCAUGAGUUAAAUGAAGAAAUUGGUAAAUUGUUAGCUAAGGUGGAGCAACUAGGAGCUGAAGGGAAUGUAGAAGAAUCACAGAAAGUGAUGGAUGAAGUGGAGAAAGCACGGGCAAAGAAGAGAGAAGCAGAGGAAGUUUAUCGAAAUUCCAUGCCUGCUUCCAGUUUUCAACAGCAGAAGCUUCGAGUCUGUGAAGUCUGCUCUGCCUAUUUAGGCCUUCAUGACAAUGACAGACGACUGGCUGAUCACUUCGGGGGUAAACUACACCUGGGAUUUAUUGAAAUAAGAGAGAAGCUUGAAGAGUUAAAGAGAGUUGUAGCUGAGAAGCAGGAGAAAAGAAACCAGGAACGUCUGAAACGCAGAGAAGAAAGGGAGAGAGAAGAAAGAGAGAAGCUGCGGAGGUCCCGAUCACACAGCAAGAAUCCCAAAAGAUCCAGGUCCCGGGAGCAUCGCCGCCAUCGGUCUCGCUCCAUGUCGCGGGAGCGGAAGAGGAGAACUCGAUCUAAGUCUCGGGAGAAGCGCCAUCGCCACCGGUCCCGCUCAAGCAGCCGCAGUCGCAGCCGCAGCCACCAGAGAAGCCGGCACAGCUCCAGGGAGAGGAGCCGAGAGCGCGCCAAGAGGAGAUCCUCAAAAGAAAGAUUCAGAGACCAAGACAUAGCAUCACGUGACAGAGACAGGAGUUCAAGAGACAGAUCACCUCGUGACAGAGAUCGGAAAGAUAAGAAGCGGUCCUAUGAGAGCGCUAAUGGCAGAUCCGAAGACAGGAGGAGCUCUGAAGAGCGUGAAGCAGGGGAGAUAUAG